UCUCAUGCAAUGGAAUGCUGUUGAACAACACAGACAACUUCAAAUCCUGUCAUAGAUUCCUCAUGCCAAACAGAAGAAGAAUUAUUUUCAUAUAUGGAUGUGCUUUCAUGGGUUGCACAAGUUAGAAAACUGGAGGAAGAAAAUGACAGGUUGCGACAGGAAAUCAGACAGAGAGGGAAAGUUUCUGAUGCUGCUUGCCAAACAGAGAGAGAUACAAAUUUCACUGCUGAAGAAGUUUCAAAGUCAAAGAUCAAAAACUUGUUUGAAUUUUACACUGGAUUAAGUUAUAGUAGAUUUCUCAUGCUUCUUGUGUUUCUUUUUCCAAGUUGUGAAAAUCCAAUCAUUUAUGAAGACAAAAGAAAAGAAACACAUAUUGACAAGUUUCCUUUGUCACAGCAGUUGUUUAUGUACCUUUGCAGACUAAGAAAUGCUUUAAAUGUGAAAGAUUUAGCAUUCAGAUUCAAUAUUAAGGUUCAAACUGUGUCAACAGUAAUUAAUGGGGUAGCGAAGUACAUGUAUUUGAGAUUAGGUUCCUUAAGUUAUUGGCCCCAUCGAAAUACAAUCAUAGGAAUCAUGCCAGAAUCUUACAAACAUGAUUUUCCAAACUGUUUAGCUAUUCUUGACUGUACCGAGCUAAAAACUGAAAAACCUUUAUCAUUGAAACAACAAAGUCAGUGCUAUUCAGACUACAAAUCAUCCAAUACAUUAAAAGCUCUUGUUGUUUGUGACCCAAGAGGGUCAAUUUUAUUUGUUUCGGAUUUAUUUUCUGGAAGUAUUUCUGACAAUGAUAUCAUUGAACAAUGUGGUUUUUAUGAUUAUUUAAAACAUUUGAAAGAAAUGGAGUUUAUUGCUAAUAAUGAUGCCUUAAUGGCUGACAAAGGGUUUCUAAUUGAAAAAGAGUUGGCACUUUUAGAUUUGCAGUUGAAUAUUCCACUCCUUGCAUCUAGUGCUAGGCCAUUUAGUGAAAGCGAUGUAAACCUCACCAGAAAAAUAGCUACUCAUAGAAUACACAUUGAACGUGCCAUCAAUCAAAUAAAGUGUUUUAAAUUAUUGAAAAGAAAAAUUCCUGUGAGCAUGUUUAAUUGUAUUAAUGCACAUUGGUUUGUAGCUGCGAUGUUGACAAAUUUCCAAGAUACUUUAGUAAAGUUUUGAAAAUGAA